CUUUUCCACGGCACGAUGUCUAGUAUUUGGUACGAGGAAACAAAUAAAAAAAUUGAAAGAGGCAAUUGUUACCAGUAGUGGAUUGUUGAAAGAAGAUUGUAGGCACAGGCACAGGCACAGCAAGUCAAGAAGAAGUGGGUGUCUGUUGUAUUGAAUGUUGUUGAAUAGAUCAAGAAGCUGAAUUGCACAUCAUGAGGAAGCGUGAUUUGGCCAUUCUCAUGCUUUCCGCUUUCGCUAUUUUCUUCUCUCUUCAGCAAGAUGGCGGUGUUUCCUUCAAAGAAGCCUGGAUGCACCUAACCGAUGAAUAUCCCAUCAAAUACGAAGCUGAACGCCUUCCCCCUCCGCUAGUCGCCGAUCUCAAUGGAGAUGGUAAGAAGGAAGUUCUCGUAGCUACUCACGAUGCCAAAAUUCAGAUUUUGGAGCCCCAUAGUAGGCGUGUUGAUGAAGGAUUCAGUGAGGCACGUGUGUUGGCCGAGGUGUCUCUGUUGCCUGACAAAGUGCGUGUCAUGUCUGGGAGACGUCCUGUUGCUAUGGCCACUGGUUAUAUUGACCGCUAUAAAAUUGGUCAACCACAUAAACAGGUUUUGGUUGUAGUAACGUCGGGUUGGUUUGUAAUGUGUUUUGAUUCCAACCUCCAAAAGUUGUGGGAAAAUAAUUUGCAGGAGGAUUUUCCCCAUAAUGCUCACCAUAGGGAAGUUUCAAUCUCUGUAAGCAAUUAUACUCUGAAGCAUGGAGAUACAGGAUUAAUCAUUGUUGGUGGGAGGAUGGAAAUGCAGCCACAUAUUUUUAUAGAUCCUUUUGAAGAAAUGGGAAUGGGAGCUAGAUUUGCUGAGCAGCAUAGAAGAAGUGCUACUGAAAAGGAGGCUUCUGAAAACACUGGAACUGUGGAUUUACGUCAUUUUGCAUUUUAUGCAUUUGCUGGUCGAUCUGGCGUAGAACGAUGGAGCAGAAAAAAUGAGAACAUUGAAGCACAUUCUUCAGACGCAUCGCAGUUAAUUCCACAGCAUAACUACAAACUUGAUGUUCAUGCUUUGAAUAGCCGCAAACCUGGAGAGUUUGAAUGCAGGGAAUUCAGAGAAUCAAUCCUGGGAGUUAUGCCACAUCACUGGGAUAGGAGAGAAGAUACUGUAUUGAAGCUGGCCCACUUCAGGAGGCAUAAGAGAAAAACAUUGAAGAAAACACCUGGAAAGACUAUGAAUUACCCUUUCAACAAGCCUGAGGAAAACCAUCUGCCAGGGAAGGACUCAACGAAAAAAAUUUCAAACAUAAUCGGGAAAGCAGCAAAAUUUGCUGGUUCGGCCAAAUCCAAGAAGUAUCCACCUUAUGUUCCCACCAUAACCAACUACACUCAAGUUUGGUGGGUUCCUAAUGUUGUCGUGGCUCAUCUAAAGGAGGGAAUAGAAGCCCUUCAUUUGGCAUCUGGUCGAACAAUAUGCAAGCUUCACCUUCAGGAAGGUGGUCUACAUGCUGAUAUUAAUGGCGAUGGAGUUCUGGAUCAUGUGCAGGCUGUUGGAGGAAAUGGUGUUGAGCAGACUGUAGUUAGUGGGUCCAUGGAAGUUCUACGUCCUUGUUGGGCUGUUGCAACGUCUGGCGUACCAGUACGGGAGCAACUCUUCAAUGUAUCUAUUUGUCAUUAUACUCAUUUUAACUUAUUUCAACACGGAGAACUUUAUAGAAGCUUCAGCCGAAGUUCAGAUAUGGCUUCUUUGGAGGUAGCGACGCCCAUUCUCAUUCCUAGAAAUGAUGGUCACAAGCACCGGAAGGGAAGCCAUGGGGACGUUAUCUUCUUGACAAAUCGUGGAGAGAUUACAUCAUACUCUCCCGGUUUGCAUGGUCAUGAUGCUGUUUGGCAGUGGCAACAAUCGACUGGUGUCACAUGGUCAAAUCUACCUUCUCCAGCAGGGAUGAUGGAAGGUGGUUCAGUGAUUCCCACAUUAAAGCCUCUUCCCUUGCGGUUGCACGACAACCAGGAGAUGAUCCUUGCAGCUGGAGAACAAGAAGCUGUGGUAAUAUCACCCGGAGGUAGUAUAUUGGCUUCAAUUGAACUCCCUGGCUCGCCUACACAUGUCUUGAUCCGUGAGGACUUCUCCAAUGAUGGGCUCACUGACCUUAUUCUCGUUACCUCUUCUGGAGUGUACGGCUUUGUCCAGACUAGACAACCUGGUGCUCUCUUCUUCAGUGUGCUGAUUGGUUGUCUUAUAAUCGUGAUGGCUGUUAUAUUUGUCACCCAGCACAUGAAUUCCAUGAAGGGGAAGCCUCGUCCAUCAUCCGGUCCUAGGUGAAAUGCAGGAGCUGAAAUUUAUACUAGCUGAACUGUGCAAGUGCUUACAAUGAAGAAGAAUACAUUGGGUAUGUGCAACCAAUGGAGCAUCAUGAUUGUUCAAAAUGCAUAGAUUUUAAGGAGAUUUUGAGGAGAUGCUGGACUGUCUAGGACGGAUGAUUGUAAAAUUUAGACAGAAGUGACAGAAUGUCCUUCAUGAGGGAAAUACGAUGUUAUAACAUUAUAAGGAAACUAUACUCUUUGCAUAUGUUAUCUGACUGUUGUUUAGAAGAGAAGCUAUACUUUACUCACUUGUCAGCCGUUCACAAUUAGUUGAUGUGGUACUUGAUAGUUGAUUCAUAA